CACAUAUAACAAGCUUUCCCCAUUAUUCCACCUCCACAAAAAUAUCUUAAAUAAGAGUGGAAAUGAAGUUCUUAUUGCGGAUCCGUAUAAGAACUUUGUCCACUUGGCCUAACAGGGACGGUGGAGAGCAUACUAUGUUGUCAUACAAAUUGUUUCCAAGGAGGAGUUCAAAUGCUACACAAAGGAGGAAUCAGAAAGAAAAGAUUAGCAAGGGGAAAUUGAAGGCACGCAUAAAACGUUUAAGAGCUGAAAUGGUAGAGAUCGGUGAAGAACAAAAAAGAAUCAGAGAGGGAAAAAGACAAGUUAGAAACAAAUAUCAAGAGCUAAAGGCUGAACAGGAGCAACUCAAGAUGGAGACCAACCUCAUCUCACAGCAUAGCCUCAGUAUCCAACAACGUCUCAUUCUACUCUUCAAAAUCUUCAAAGCUAAAGUUGACAACGAUUUUGCAAAAGCAGCUCAACUCUCUCAGUCUCUUUGUGAUUUAAUAGCAAAUCAAAACGUGGCAAAGUGAGGUGUGUGUGUGAGUACUAGUGGCUCCUGCAGAUGGUAUUGAACCCACACGUAAGAUUAUACAUAUUUGUUUAUAGAGUCUAGAUAUUUUGGAAUAGGUGUUUGAUUAUUGUGUGUACAAAGUUGUAAUUCGUAUGAGAGGUGAUUUUCACAUCCAUAUAUAUGUUUCUUUGUGUUUAAAGCAAGUCGUAUGUUGUGAACACUUGCUUAUCUCUCCGAACUUAAAAAGUAAAAAAACUCGCUCAUCGAGGUCAAAAGUUCCAUUUUAAGCUGGUCACUAUUUUCAA